UCGUUCUUCAUGGACGCGACUUCUAUGAUCGUCGGCAAGCUGCGCCUCAUCUGCGAGUAUGUCGGUGUUCUGAAUCCAAGACACUAUCGCUCCUUUCGCUUCCUAGACCUUCCUGUUGAGAUACGGCUUCUCAUCUACAAGGAGCUGUUCGGUGGAGCAAGAGCACAUAUGGUGGGGAAUUGGGAGCAGAAUGUUCCCACCCAGAGUAUCGGUUGCGAGCCAGAUGACCCUCGAAGGAAAGAGCGGAUUCAAGGUCAACUGUUUCACCUCGAUCAUGACAACACUAGCUGUCGCUUCCACUCAACAGUGUUACGCUCAUGCAAGACUGUGUACGAUGAGGCUCUUCCUGUACUGUACGCGAACCCCGUUUUCAACAUCUCGACGUUCGCAGGGGAGAAAGGCACAUUACCCCUCGUCAACGUUACACAUAUACGCCGCAUCAUGACCCGCGCCUGGCAGGAAGUCUCAAUGAAGGAACAGGAGAUAGCAGAAGGGUACCGACUAGCAGGCGUUCAGUGGGACAAGUUGUGGUUAUUUGCCAUUGAUAUGGGUCACGGCCUGGGGUCCGGAAUUGCCAGACCCCUGCCAGAUGGAUCGCCAGACUCCGUUGUACGAGCGAUCAGUGGACGAGCAACUCCAAUCGAGUACGACGCGAGCGACGUGGACUGGCUGUUCAAAUUAAGUUCUGCGUCGGAGCUCAAGAAGCUUGGUGUUUGUUUCAGACCGUUCCCUGAGUGUUGGUACGCCGUCGAAGACGCCAAAAAACUACGUUGCUCACGGUUCACGGCUGUACAUUAUAAACUACCCUUGGGCGACCAGCUGAACCACUGUGACCCGCGCUAUCUCGACAUACAAGCCGCAGCGACAGAACCGCUUAAGGAUCUGGUCUCUUUCACGCUUUGAGCCCGACAGUACAGCAAGCUGAUUCUCAAUCAAUUCAUGCGUAUGUGUGGUUCAUGUUCGGUGCCAUCGCCCGCCUAAUGUAAGGUGGGCAUGCUAAGCACUUCGGUCAGAGUUCGAAAGUCUGCCUGACGAACGCCUGUCAAAGCGUCAACACGAGGGUCGAGUCCUACACUAGGUAUUCGGAUACACGAUUAGGGUAAUGGGCAUCUUAAAGUUGCAUGAAAAGCCU